AUGACAAAUGAUAAAGUACCUACGGAAGUCGCCUACAAAUACGGGCAAUCAGGACCGGUAUGUGUAUGGGGGUCCCAGAUUCUCGAAAGCAUGCCGCGUACUCAAUGGAUCAAACUCGAACUCGAUCCUGAUCAAAAGCCUGGGAUAAAUUCAAGCCUUUCUUCUACUUACAGCGAUUGUCGUUCUAUUCCCACGUCCCACCAUACGUCGCCAGAAGGAAUCGUCACUGACUACCUCCGGUCUUUGCGAGAGCAUACACUCAAAGUUCUGAAAAAACAAGUCGGUAAAGCCAUUGAAAAAAUGGCAUUGGAAUUUGUCAUUACAGUUCCAGCAGUGUGGUCAGACAAGGCCAAAACGAAAACGCUUUCUUGCGCUGAAGAGGCAGGGUUUGGGGAAAGCGCGAAGAUUCGCAUUAUUUCAGAGCCCGAAGCUGCUGCGAUGCAUACCCUACAAGCAUCAAAUCCCCAUGGGCUGGAUAUUGGGGACACUAUCGUUAUAUGUGAUGCAGGCGGUGGGACCGUUGAUCUUAUAACCUUUUCAAUCAUUGAGUUUAAGCCCAAUCUACGCCUCAAGGAGGAGGCACCAGGAACUGGGUCACUCUGCGGAAGUACUUUUCUGAACAGGCGGUUUGAGGAGUUUAUAGAGGAACGGCUAUCCUCCUGCCCUGGCUGGGGGCGUGACACGUUGGAACAAGCAGUCGAUCGAUUCGAGACCGUCGCGAAAAGAACCUGCACUGGAAACCCAGACGAUGACUUCAUGUUUCCAGUCCCCGGAAUUCUGGAUAACAAAGAGAAUGGAGUUUGUCGGGGUCGGUUUCAUGUGACUGGACGUGAAAUGAAGGGCAUUUUUUUGCCGGUUCUUCGGGAUGUCCAUAACCUCGUAGAGGAUCAAAUCCAGAAAUCUAAGAAACAGGUGAAGGCUGUUUUUCUGGUCGGUGGUUUUGGGCAAAGCCCGUACCUUCGCAAAUAUCUCCGCGAUUGGUUUCCUGAUAUCGAGAUUUUGGUUCCAGUUGACGGUUGGACUGCUGUGGUUAGAGGAGCCCUAACCAAAGCAAUUGGGGACAUCUCUACUCUAGCACCCCAAGCCUCGGUCGAGUCACGGGUGGCUAGAAAGAACUACGGAAUGCUGAAAUCCACCAAGUUUAUCGAUGAACUACAUGACGAGAGAAAGAAGUAUUGGGAUUAUUUCAGCGGCGAAUACAGCAUUGAUGUGAUGGAUUGGUUCAUUCAGAAGGGAGAUGCAAUCAAAGAAGCAGAGGCUAUUGAAACAAGAUGGUUGCGGAAUCAGCGUACGAGAAGCGGCACUUUUGAUUCUAUCAGUGUCACCAUCUAUGAGCUGGAUACUCCACUGGGUGAAAGUGCGCCUCUGUACUUCAAUCGCCGCAUGAAGCAGCACGCCUUUUUGAACCCGAGCCUGGGCGUAAUUCAAAAGGCUCGCAUCCCAAUUUGUCUCGGUAAAGACGGCAAGAAUUACAAUCAAAUUCAUUUCCAAAUCCAUGCAGCAUAUUUCUCUGCCCAUUGCGAAUACACACUUUGGUACGAAGGCAAGAACCAUGGCAGCGUGAAAGUCGACUACGUGUGAUAUCCUUAUCUUAUGAUCUUUUCGGUCUGCGGUGGUUUCCUUUCAAUGCCGUUUCCACUCAUUGCGUUUUUUUGGAAAAGGCUUUUAUGAUCUUGAAUUUUGGUUUAGUGGCAGAUAGUUUCAAUUAGAUAUUGCGUUUUCUUUUGCCAAUGCAAUCGAG